CAUUUGGUAGGCCUGCCUGCAGCCGACUGUGUGCCUCUGCAGACAGUGUGUACACGUAUUCUCCGGCUGCAUGGGCUGGACCGAGGACUCAAUGGGAACUAGCUAACUUUACACUGGCUAGCUUUCAAAUGGAAACGUAGCUAUGCUAACUUGGACACUAUAGCUAAUGUAUUCGGGCGAAGUGCUGGACAAACAGUCUUCUUCUCAUCACAGCAGGACUACAUUUUCGUGCAUGGGAAGCAGACGACGUUCACUGCUGCUGGUUAAAAACGCUUCAAGGUGGCGACAGACAAAGUUGCUGGUAAGCUGAGUUCUACUCUCUCAUGGGUGAAGAACUCGGUGUCCCACACGGUCAGUCAGAUGGCUAGCCAGGUGGCCACACCCAUGUCCCUACCGACCACCACCACCACCUCCUCUUCUACGUCCCUGUCCUCGCCCGCCCUCUCGCCUUCCUCGCCGGCGCAGCUCAGUCCUGACGAUGUGGAGCUCCUGGCCAAACUCGAGGAGCAGAACAGGCUGCUGGAGACGGACAGCAAGUCACUGCGCUCUAUGAAUGGCUCCAGGCGAAACAGUGGCUCCUCCCUGGUGUCCAGCUCCUCGGCCUCCUCCAACCUCUCUCACCUGGAGGAGGACUCAUGGAUCCUGUGGGGACGAAUCGUCAACGAGUGGGAGGAGGUGCGCAAGAAGAAGGAGAAGCAGCUUAAGGAUCUUGUCAGAAAAGGGGUUCCGCACCACUUUCGGGCAAUAGUGUGGCAGCUGUUGUGCAAUGCCCAGAACAUGCCCAUUAAGGAUCAGUACUCCGAACUCCUGAAGAUGACGUCACCCUGCGAGAAGCUAAUUCGCAGAGACAUCGCCCGUACCUACCCCGAACACGAAUUCUUCAAGGAGAAGGACAGCUUAGGCCAGGAAGUGCUCUUCAACGUCAUGAAGGCAUAUUCUCUGGUCGAUCGCGAGGUUGGCUAUUGCCAAGGGAGCGCGUUCAUUGUAGGACUGCUACUCAUGCAGAUGCCAGAAGAGGAGGCUUUCUGUGUGUUUGUCAAGUUAAUGCAAGACUACAGACUACGAGAGCUCUUCAAACCCAGUAUGGCCGAGCUGGGACUCUGCAUGUACCAGUUUGAGUGUAUGAUCCAGGAGCAACUCCCAGAGCUUCAUAUGCAUUUCCAGGCUCAGAGCUUUCACACUUCCAUGUACGCCUCCUCCUGGUUCCUCACCAUCUUUCUCACCUCCUUCCCUCUGCCCGUCGCCACGAGGAUCUUUGACAUCUUCAUGUGUGAGGGUCUGGAGAUCGUUUUUCGUGUGGGACUGGCCAUCCUCCAGAUGAACCAGACUGAACUCAUCCAGCUUGACAUGGAGGGAAUGUUACAGCACUUUCAGAAGGUCAUCCCACACCAGCUCGACAGUGGACCAGAUAAGGUCAUCCAGGCUGCAUAUCAAGUUAAAUACAACGGCAAGAAGAUGAAAAAGUUAGAGAAAGAAUACACUACAAUCAAAACUAAAGAGAUGGAGGAGCAGGUGGAGAUAAAGAGGCUGCGCACAGAGAACAGGCUCCUGAAGCAGAGGAUCGACACACUAGAGAAAGAAAGUGCUUCCUUGGCAGAUAGAUUGAUCCAGGGACAAGUGACUCGAGCUCAGGAGGCAGAGGAGAACUACCUGGUCAAGCGGGAGCUGGCCACAAUCAAACAGCAGAGCGAGGAGGCCAGUGCUCAGCUGGAGCAGGCCAAGAAAACCAUCAGGCAGCUCCAGCAGCAGCAGCAGCCACAUGCGAAGGGAGCCCCUCGAUACUCUGAGGAGUCCGUCUUGCAGCUGGAGAGAGAGCUGGUGCAGGCCCGGCUGAAGGAGGCCGAGUCUCAGUGUGCCCUCAAGGAGAUGCAAGACAAGAUCCUGGAUAUGGAGAAGAGAAACACGUCACUACCAGAUGACACCAACGUGGCGCGUCUUCAAGAAGAGCUGAUAGGGGUGAAGCUGAGAGAGGCGGAGGCUCUGACGGGCCUGAAGGAGCUGAGGCAGCAAGUCAGAGACCUGGAAGAGCACUGGCAGCGCCACUUGGCACGUACCGCUGGUCGCUGGAAGGACAGCCCCAGGAAGAAUACCCUGAGCGAGCUGCAGGAUGAGCUGAUGAGUGUGAGGCUGCGCGAGGCUGAGGCCCAGGCUGAGCUUCGAGAGACGCGGCAAAGGAUGCUGGAGAUGGAGACACAGAAUCAGAUUCACAGUAACCAUCUGCGACGGGCGGAGCAGGAGAGCCGCUGCCUCCAGGAGUGUGUGCAAACACUGACGGUGCAAAAUAAAGACCUGCAUGGGCAACUACAAGAAAUCAAGCGGAGACAAGCUGAGAUUGAAUGCAAGAGUAAGGAAGAGGUGAUGGCAGUGAGGCUGCGGGAAGCGGACAACAUCGCCGCCAUGGCUGAACUCCAGCAACAGAUCUCAGAACUGGAGAUUCAGAAAGAAGAAGGAAAGGUGCAAGGCCAGCUGAAUCACACAGACUCGAGCCAGUACAUCCGCGACCUCAAAGACCAGAUAGCAGAGCUAAAACAUGAGAUUUGCUGCUUAAAAGGACAGAGGGGCUUGGCCAGUCAGCCCACUUUUGAUGGCAUCCACAUUGUCAAUCACUACGUGGGGGAUGAUGGGUCUUACCAGUCUUCAGAUGAAGACGGAGUCAAGAACCCCACCUUGAAGAGCACCCAGCAGAGCAGGGGCCGUAUCAGACUGCAGCCCAACCUCAGGGACACCGACAGCGACGACGACGACGAAGAUGACGAGGCCCUGCGACUCUCUGUACCACAGAGCAAGUCCACCACCGUGUGACCAGCACCGACCGCUGUACGACUGCCACAGUUUGGGACAGAGGCUGUCAGCGCCUGCUGAGGGCGAGGAGGUGUUUCCAGCAGCCAUUUCAGAGGAGGAGUCUUUGUCUGGAAAGGAAA